AUGCCACCAAUUCCACGAAAAGUCCACAUCAACGUCGACUUAGGCGAAGGCUAUGGCAACUUCAGAGCCAAUCCGUCCUGCACAGAUGAGGAUCUAAUCCCACUCAUCGACCAUGCAAAUGUAGCCUGCGGCUUCCACGCCGGCGACCCCCUAAUCAUGCAAGAAACCGUCCGCGCCUGCAAACGCGCCAACAUCAAAGUCGGAGCACAUCCUGGCCUGCCUGACAUCCAAGGCUUCGGCCGUCGCGAGAUCAAAAUGUCCCCAGAAGAGCUCACGGCAAUGGUGCGGUAUCAAGUUGGCGCUCUGCAAGGCUUCUUGGACGCGGAGGGCGUCCCUCUGAACCACGUCAAGCCACAUGGUGUUCUGUAUGGGAUGAUGUACAGAGACGAAGAAGUGUGUCGAGCGGUGUAUGAGGGCGUGCCGAUGGGCGUGAGGGUUUUCGGUCUUGCUGGAACGAUCCAAGAAAAGGUCGCCAAAGAACUCGGCUUGCCCUUCACCGCCGAGCUCUACGGGGAUGUCAAGUACAGUAAAGACGGCAAGCUUGUAAUCGACCGCAAGAAGAAGCCUUGGACGGCCGAGGAGACGAAGAAGCAUGUCGAAUCGCAAGUCAUCUCGAGCUCCGUCACAGCUGUCACGGGUGAAGAGAUCCAGCUUCCAAUCGGGGACCACGAGGUGUCCAUGUGCUGUCAUAGUGACAGUCCAGGGGCAUUGGAGAUUGUCAAGGCAGCGAGGCAGAUUGUUGACAAGUUUAAUCAAGAUCAGGGCUACGCAUAA